GGGGAGGAGGAGGGUGAGGGUGAGGGUGAGGGGGUUGGGGAUGAUGCGGCGGGGUGGCGCCGGGUAGCGGGCGGGUUGCGCGGGAAGAGGGCGCUGCAUAUAUCGCUGCGGUAUGAGAUGGCGUCUUGCACCGCGCUCAUGCUGCCUCCGUUGGUGGGGGAUGGGGAGAGUGCGGUCGAGGGUGCGAACAUGCGGUUUUCGGUCGGCGGCCACGGCGGUGGGGGCGGUGCAGAUGAUGAGAUGGAUUGGGAGCGCUCGGUCAACCCGGCCCAUUUUCUCUCCCUGCCGCUCCUCCUCGUGCGCAUGCCGCCGCCGCUCAAAAGCAUCAUCGGCGAGUUUCUGUCGACGACGUUCGAUUGCCGUGUCAGCCCCAUGCGGCUGGGUACGCGGAGCCUGGUGCACAUCUGGGAGGCGUGGAUCAAGUCCGCCGGUCUGCCCUCUCGAGGGCCGCUUUCGAGGGAUAUGGUGCUGACUCUCGGGUUUUAUGUCCCGCCGCCUAACGCUGCGCCAGCACAACCUUCCAAAGAGGAAGCCGGAACGGAGCCGCAUCAACCCUUGGGUCUUAGGUCCGUCGACGUCAUUAUUCCUGCUAUGGAACUGCGGAAGUUUGCCGACGCUGGCGAACGCGUGGUCACAACACAGGGCAAGCAGGGAGCUUCACCGGCAGGGUGGGGAUGGGAAAGCGACCCGAAAAAGCGGAGGAAAUUGGCGGGCCGCUUAUACGAAGAAGGCUGGGAGUGGCGAGCUGAAUCGCAGGAUGGUGGCCCUGCGAAUCACCAGCCGUUCACCGAGGCAUUAGCACGCUACUUGAAUGACCAUCUCGCGCUGAAUCUCUUCCAUCCAGGCGUCAGGGUUAUCAAGAUUGCCUGCGGGGGGUUUGCCAUAUCGGAAUCACGGCUAAAGCUGUUUGCCCCGGCGAGUUUAGGGGAUGCUGAGGACGGAGAUUCGCCUGUCCUCGCGCAGAAGGGGGCCGUGUUAGAACUGCUUGGCAGCCUAGUUGACAAGGCCCAGCUUCAACCGAUGGCGCUAUAAAGUUGGCUCCGGGGGAGCUGGAGGUUAUGAGACAACCUUUAUAUAGUUUUGUGUUUCAUAGUUGGCGUUCGGUGGGAUGGACAUGAUACCCCAACGGAGCCCGACAUUGCUGGUCGCGGCCUGUGAAUGAACUCUGAUGAAUGAAUCUACUUUCGAUAUCAAUGAUGGGACCGGUGUCUGGAAAAGGGAAACUACUUAAGCGCCCAGGUUUUGCUCAGACUGCAUUACACAACGGCACAUGGCUACCUUAGCUGGAUGUCGGUAAAGGCUUUGGACCGCCAGCACCAUUUCUCAACCUGACUCAUAGCCUCAAGCACCCAACAACUCGAAGAAGCAUAUCAACGUAACAGACACGUCUGUUCACUUUGCGGUUUCAGGGUC